UUACCUACCGGAAGCAUUGUGUACGUCAGUCAUUUUUGAUCUAUAGAUUUUUUACAAAUUAGAAUUUUCUUUCCUUAUUUCUUACAUACAUUUUCUAAAUAAAUAACAUAGGUGCUACAAUUUGAUUGUGAACAUUAUUUUAUAUUGAUCUUACAUUAAUUAUAAGCCCAAAACAUGUCCGGUGAACCAGACGUAGCUCGCACUCCCGAAGAGGAAACCGAAACUGAGGAGGAGGAGAUCAAAUCCUCUUACAAACCUCCGCCAGAGAAGACGAUUGAGGAGAUCUUGGCCGCUGACCAGGAGGAUGAGUCGUUGAGGAAGUACAAGGAGGCAUUGCUGGGACAGGUGCAGGCUGGCCCUGUUAUUGUUGACGCGAACGACCCGAGGAAGGUGAUCGUCAAGAAGCUAGCGCUCUGCGUCACCGACCGGGACGAUCUGGAGCUCGACCUGUCUGGGGACCUCACCGAUCUCAAGAAGCAGGUGUUCGUGAUAAAGGAGGGCGUGCAGUACCGGAUAAGGAUCGACUUCAUCGUUCAGCGUGAGAUCGUGCACGGCCUGAAGUAUGUGCAAAAAACCUACCGUAUGGGGGUGCCUGGUGAGUGACUAAACCGAUUUAGAUGGGAUUCGAUAGAAUUG